CUGGCCUUCUGGGUAGAGUCUGCGCGAGUGGGAGUGGAGCGAGUCGCUCGGUCUCGGCAGCGUUCAUCCAUUCUGUGCGGCACUCCCCGUACGGCUCCGUGCGUCCUCGGUGCGAACCGGGGCUGUCUCUCUCUCUCUCUCUCUCUCUCUCUCUCUCUCUCCGUCCGCGCUCGUCGAAGAAAACGCGGGACGGGAAGCGACACGGAAUAACCUUCAGCAAACCUUCCGAGAAACGGAUUCCGCCGCGUGAGAGGACAUGGAGUGACGGCGAGCGGGAGAAAGGGGCUUUUUCCGAGGACGGCGUGCUCCGCUGAAACCCAACAUGGCGCUGCUGCGAGGUACGGCCGAGCUGAAUUAAUUUCUCCGCGAGUCCGCCGACCUCGCCACCUGUAUCCUUCAGGGGCCCGGGCCACACGGCGCACCGAGUCUCCCACUUAAAGGACCUUUUUUCCCCUCUUUUGUGGAUUUCUCUCUAUCCCGUUUGUUUUUCCUCCGCGCAGGAUCUUUUUUUGGCUGCUUUAUGGCUACCCAAGUGACAUUCGCAGGGGCAAAAAAGUCCGCUUGAAAUAAAAGGUACUGGAUGAGAGUUGCCUUUAGACAAUAGAAUAAGGACCAAGAGCUUUAUUCGUAAGACUUGUUUUGUUUCGUGACAAGUGGAUAACCUGUUAGAGACUUUGAGUUGUUUUUUUUGUUUUGUUUUGUUUUUGUUUUUGUUUUUCUUCUUCCCUGUGGUCGGGAUUGUCUGUCUCCAGCAGACAGGACCGUAACCGGGCCAGUCUACGUACGCACGGAUCGCUGUCCUCCUAGUUAACUUGGGGGAAAAAACAGGAAAAAGGCGUGAGUUGAGGCGCACGGACGGCGGCUGGAACUAGCACCAAUUAACCAGGGCAACAUCUGUUCGUGAUGUCGAUGCUGAGGCACAAACCAACCUGGAACUAAGACAAGGGAACCACAUCACACAAAACAUGGUGGAUGCAAGAUUAACGCCACUGGCAGCAAUGGGGCUGGACCGAGGCACUCUGAUGCACGAUGGUCUUCGUCUUCACGGUGGGGUUGUAUACCCAGGGAUCAGAGCGCUGCCAGCAGAGAAGAGCCGAGAGACGCCUGGCCUCCCCCUAACUUAUAACAGGGAUGGUCUUCCAGAGCUCAUCUACAAGCCUGAUGGUGCUCUGGACAGUCGUAAGCCCACUAAUGGAUACCUUGGCCUCUACAAAGGCACCCCGCCUGGUCUCCACAAGCCUAUGCUAGUUCCUGGAGCUGAAGGUUUAGGCUUGGAACGCAGAGUAGGGCCUGGAGAAAAAGCAUCUGAACUGGGCUUGGCAAGUGCUGGUGCCAGCUACCUUCGCCUGCCAUGGCUCAGCCCUUACCCUGAAGCAAGCAUGUAUCCCUUUAUGGACACAUCCAAGUACGCAGCUCUAAACAUGUACAAAGCCUCCUUGCUAAGCCAACCCAACCCCUAUCUUCCCCAGCACCUGGCUUACCCUUCUCUCUGUGCAGCCCAGGGCGGCAAUGUCAACGCCUCUGCUGCUGAGAGGCUUUACUAUAUGCCCCCCUACCCUCCUUCUCCCAUCUCUUCUCCCCUGGUUGCGCCCCCCAUGAGGAUUCCUGCAGUCACAGUGGCCCCCACAUCAUUGGUACACUGCCAAGACAAGGGGCUUGGUGUUGCACCACCAUUUGCACAGCAGCUUCACCAACCUUCCCCUCAUCCUCAGCACCACCAGGCUGCUAUAGACAGAGACCGGUCGCCGAGCAGGAGCAGCAGACCAAGCAGACCUCCUUCCAGGAAGGGCUCUAGCAGCAACAAUAAUAACAGUAGCACUAGCACUAGUGGCACCAGUGGUGGGAAUAAUAAUAUUCUGCAAGCUGAUUCUUCUCCUCAUGCAUCUUCACGCCUCCCCCAACCUUCUGCCCCUCCUGCUCUCAUUGACAGCUCACUGGAUUUGCAAAGGCCAGUUGCUAGGAUAGGACAACCACCCACCUCCUCCACGUCUUCGAUAGUUGCCUCCUCUUCAUCCACGCAGUCCAUUCCUCAUCCAUUUUCUGUGAGCAGCAUGGCAUCAGAGCAGCCCUCUCCUGCCCGGCCCAGCCCCCAUAAACCUAGGCCAAGAGAUGGGGCAUCUGAGCACAGAAGUGUAGGAGUUGAGAGGAGACCCAGCAGGUCACCCUCAAAACCCAGUUUUGAGAGGCCAGCUCACCAACCACAAGCAACCAAAGACUCAGCAGAGAAGCCCUUGGAUUUGUCUGGAAGAAUGCUGGAGUUUGGACUGCCUCCAAAUGGAUUUCCAGUAAAGCUGGACACUAUAGCAUCAGGUGCACGUUAUGGACUGCCCCCUAGUCGGGAACUACUAAAAGAAAACGUAUCCCUCCCUCCUUCCUCCCAUCCUCACUCUGUGGUUAGCAGCACUUCUUCAAAGGUUCCAGAGAGACCAGAGAUGAUAAGCACUUUACACUCUUCCUGGGUUGUACCCAGCCCAUCUCCUUCCCAUUCACAGCACACACCAGGCCUGCCCCCCUCUCCGAGGCCUAACACAGACAUUGGCCAUUCACAAGCCAAAGGCUCUUCACCCUCUGUCAUCAAACACAAGAGUCUGGAGAGAGUUCUCCCUCAGCCACGUAGCUCCUCAUGUCCAAGGAUAGGAGAGCCCAACCAUAAUGUUUCCUCCACACAACACUCCUCUCUGGUCAGCUCCAGGGCUCUUUCUCCUAAAUCUAAUGGUGACUGGGUAAAACACAGCCCCAGUCAAUCAGAACAUCCGGCGGUCAUCACCCACCACAGAGAGGGAUCAGAGAAGUCCCAGACCACUAAGAGGGGUGAAACAACUCCAGAGGUUUCAUCGUACAAGAGGACUUGUUUAGAGAAUGGUCACCCUCCUGGCCACCUUUACCUUCCUCAAAGUGACGCUUACCUGAACCACAGUUUGGCUUAUGCCAAUAGAUACCUGCACUACCCUAUCCCUGAUGGCAUGGCGCUGCACUCCUUGCCAAUUACAGGGAAAAGCCCAGUCUACCCUCACCCAGUACUGCUGGGCAGCAACAGCCUUUACCCAACCCACCUAGCAGCGAAACACCCUUUACCCUACCACAACCUCCAAGCUGGCCCAGGAGGAGAAUACCUCACUUACAAUUCACAGGAGAUGGCCCAUCCCCUGAUGCAGACUCACUCAGACAACAAGCUGCCAGAAAGGGGAGAUGCGGCUUUGAAGCCCAGGGGACAGGAGAAAUCCCGGGGAGCUGUCGAAGAAUGUGGGGGCCAAAGAGAUCACAACACUGGGAAAGAUAUAGGCGAAGGAAGCCAAAUUAAGCUUGAUAGGGAAGCAGGAGCACAUGGUCAGGGGGGAAGUCAAAGCAAAACCCCCUCUUCCUCUGUAACAUCCAGAGAAACGAUUGUCUGCAUUGACCUUGUACAUUCAGACACAGAUAUCGAGUCUACCCCAACAGUCCACAAACAGCCCUCUGCUGAGACUACCACCAAGGUUAACCAAAAUGAAUGUUGUCAUAGUAACCAAAAUCUGACAAAGACUGACUAUGAGCCAAAACACCACCACCUUUCCCAACCUUAUCCAGUCCAUUCUGGACAGAGCCCCACCACGAGGCCCACUCACACUGACAGACAGCCAGAAGCUCCCUUUGGGAAACCAAAGGCUCCUCAGGACACAGACUGUCCUGGGGUAACAUCUCCCCCAACUUCUCCAGGGCAGGUCUCCCAGGCAAAGGACAGCCCAGAGGAACGUAGCCCAAGCCCAGAUCCUGGAGACCAGGACCAGAGUACCUUGCGCUGUGCCCGUACAUCUGGGGAGUGGAGCUCUGGUAAGGACAAAGGAGACAGAGACAGUCGAACUCAUCACCUCACUCAGCACUGCACAGAUGUGUUGAAGGAGGGAAUGGCACACGAGAGGGAGACUGAAAAGGAAGACAGUAUUGUUGACCUUGGGGAGUCUCAAGGAGAAGGGGAUGAGGACGACGACGAAGAGGGUAGCCAUUCUUCAUCGAAAAGUUCUCGUAGGUCCAGUCUGGCCAAGAGGAUUGCUAAUUCUUCAGGCUACGUUGGCGACCGCUUUAAAUGUGUCACCACUGAGCUGUAUGCUGACUCCAGCAAGCUGAGCCGUGAACAGAGAGCUCUGCAGAUGGAAGUCAUAUCACGAGAGGGGAGUAAUAUAAGUCAACCUGCAGCUAACUGGGAGCGGGCAAUGAUGCGGUUCUCGGAGCUGGAGCUGAAGGAGAAGGAGGGCGGCGGUGUAUGUGUGUCUGCCUCGGCAGCGGCAGCAGGACGGGAGCUGGCAGACGGCCAGCACAGAGAGCGAGCGCUGGAACACUGCCAACACACCACCAGGCAGGGAGAGAGGGAGGGUGUCCGGCCGGCAUACACAAACAACAGAGUUCCGGUCCUCCAGAGGUGUGGCGGCCAGCCAGAGCCUUUGUCUCCAGGGCAUGGGGCCCGAGAUGGGGUCAGAGGUGCCAGCCAAGGAGGGCUAAAGGAUGUGGCCAGGAAGUCCAUGAGGGAGUGUGAAGGAGGUCACUGUGUGCCCCCCAUUCUGACACCGGCCAAAGGGUACCUCGAAGAGAAAGUCAACCCUGGCUUUGGACCUUCCAGAAAACGCCCGCUCAGCUCCAAGGCUGAACAGGACGACACGGAGAGGGAGGAUGGAGAGAGGAUGUCCCACCCAGAGAAAAGAGCCAGGAUUUCUGCGGAUGAGCGUGAGCAAGCGAGUCCUGAUGAAGAUGACGACGACGAGGUGCGGAAGCUUAAGGUCUGCAUCGAGCUGAAGGGACUGCGACUCAGCAAGCCUGCUGCCGGCGCAGCUUCCCCGGACGGCUCCCAGGUCAAACAAGAGAGGCCGUGGCCCCAGCCCCAGCCCCGAUUGGUAGCCUCAGCCCAGAGCCUGCGGGAUCGUAAGAUCAGGGCCAAUGAGCCGGAGGACAGAGCUGCAGCACAGAGAGCCGACAUCAACAGGAAAUGGGGCUGCGAGAAGCUACUUAAUGGAGUAGCUGCUUCUCCCCUUCCCCCCGGCCAACUGAAGGACAGGGUGCAACCGCUGGGCCCCUUCUCAGGUGACCGUGGCCUCAAGGAGCCCAGGAGGGGCCCCCCCUCUCCAGCCCCACAGCCGUCUGUGGGAGGCGCCCCUCCCCUCAAGCCCCGUCGCCAUAGUGACGCGGACAAACCCAAGGGCAAGCGGCCGUGCAAGACCAAACACACCAGUCAGAGGGAGCGGGAGCGGGAGAAGAGGAAAGAGGCCACACCUAGCAGCCCGGGCCAGCGUUGUGCAGCCGAUCUGGGAGCAGCUGAAGAUGACAAGCUGAGUGAGCAGUGUGGCGCUCCGAGGAAGGGAGCCGCCUCUCCUAAUCAUUAUCCCUGCUCUCCAGUCAAGCCCCGCUCCCCCACCGCGCUCUGUCCGCCCUCCCUGCAGCCCCAGGCGAACUGCAGAGUGGGCGGUGUCCCACCAGAGGCGGCGGCAGGGGUGCACAGGAUGCCCCCUGCUGAGCCCCCCGUGGUGCGCCCGAUCCCGCCAGAGGCUCGUCGGCUGAUCGUGAACAAGAACGCCGGAGAGACUCUGCUCCAGAGAGCUGCGCGGCUGGGCUACGAGGAGGUGGUGCUGUACUGUCUGGAGAACAGAGUGUGCGAGGUGAAUCACCGAGACUACGCCGGUUACUGUGCCCUCCAUGAGGCAUGUGCCCGCGGCUGGCUCAGCAUCGUCCAACACCUGCUGGAAUACGGGGCCGACAUCAACUGCAGUGCACAGGAUGGCACCAGGCCGAUUCAUGACGCUGUGGAGAACGACCACCUGGACGUGGUGCGAAUCCUUCUGUCUUACGGCGCUGACCCCACCCUGGCGACGUAUUCUGGCCGUGGCCUGCUCAAGAUGACCCACAGUGACGGCAUGGAGCGCUUCCUCACUGAUUAUUUUGCUGACCUUCAGGGCCGCUCAGAUGACGACCCAGGGCUUUAUUGGGAAUUCUAUGGCAGCGCUGUGUGUGAAUCAAAUGAAGAGGGCGGUGUCUACGACAUCCUAGCCGACCCCCCUGGCCCAGAUGAUGAGGAUGAGGAUAAAAAGGAGGUGUUUGAGUUUGAGUUCUCUGACCGUCCUCUGCUGCCUUGCUACAACAUCCAGGUGUCCCUCUCCCAAGGGCCAAGAAACUGGCUGCUACUCUCCGACGUGCUUCGCCGGCUGCGGAUGUCUGCCCGUGGUUUCCGACAGACCUUCCCCCACAUGGAGGUAGUGACAGUGGCAGAGGCGGAGUUCUACCGUCAGGCCUCUUUGUCGCAGCUCUUCUCCUGCCCAGAGGAGCUGGAGGGCUUCCAUCCGGACAGCAAGGACCUGUUGGACCUGGUGGAAGACAGCGCCGAGCUGGCUGCUCUCCUGGGCUCCACACUGGAGUGUCUGGACGACCACUGGGACCACCCAGCGGACAAACUGAAGGACAGAAUUAAGGCUGCUGGCAAGUUGGGCUCAUCCUGACCCCUGAAGCCAAUCCACCUGGACACCAGUCCGUACCGUCUGCAGUUUGCUUUAGAACCACCCCGAGGUUAUGCUGAUAUGCCUUAGCCCGACCCUUAGUUCCCACGCUCCAGCCCUGCUCUGGACCAGCACUGGUGCACUGUACAGACGGACUGACCCUGCUGGCUGACCAGGCUGCUGAAACGUUACCCUCCGUUAACUGAGGCUCAAUACAUUUGUGACUCAAUGGACUUACAGUAAUAAUGGUCUUAUUUUUAUAAAUUAAUAUAUGUAUAAAUAAAUGAAUAAAUAUAUAUAUAUAUAUAAAAAAUAUAAAGAGAUUUUUUUUUCUUUCAAAUGUUGCUCACGACGACUCUGAAAGAUUUUAUAUGGCAACAGAGUGUUGUCGUGUUGUCGGCAAUUAGACGGAGUGUGUGAGCGCACAGCACAUUGUGACUGUGUGUAGCUGUACAGGAUAGUGCUGAGGCUGUGCUAUUGAAUGUGGUAUUUGUGUUUAUAGGAAGCACAUGAUGUCCUGUUCUUUUUUUUUUUUUUCUCGCUCUCUCUCUCUCUCCUCAGACUUUAGCGCUCGCUUGAGCCUCAGGGGCUGUUCUAUUGUAUCUUUUAUUUUUGAUGUUCCAGUUUUGCUUCCUGUUUAGUCCGUAAUUUAACAUGCAAAACUACAAAAAAUGUUUGUAUAAUAAAGUUUAAAGGGUGUUGAUAUUCACCCUUCGGCACAGAGCUUGUAUAUAACAGGGAGGCUACUGCAGUAAAGUAAUUUUUUGGUGUGUUCAUUUUUGUUUUAACUUUGUAAUUAAAAUAUCUCAUAAUUUGUAUUUAUAUUUUACAAAAGAAGUUGCUUUAAAAUAAAUAUAAAAACUGCAAGAGGAA